GUCAGUAUACAAAUGUGUAGGGAGAGAAGAGUUUAACAAGAAGCAACAAUGCGUAUCUUUUCUGGAAUUCUGAGAAGUUGGCUACCAUGCAGUUUUGAAUCUCCAAGACACUAUUCAAUAGUGACAAAUUUAUGUUCAUGGCUUCUUUGCUGCCAAAGCUGUUUCAUGGUGAGGUUAUGUGUCACUUAGAUGUGUCAUGUGAAAGAUUAGGCGUUACAUUUUCUGUCGUAAAUGUGACUAUGGUGAAUUAAAAAUGGAAGAAGUACGACUUCUUGUUCAAGAAGAAGGAAGGGCUGCUAGAAACUUAAUAGCAUUUAAUGUGCCUGUUGAUCAGUCUCAAUCAGACACUAAUCAAAUUGGUAGAGUGUUGUCACGCAAGCCACCAACAUCCCCCAGACCAACUGGAGAGAUCAAGCGAGAUGAUGGCUUGCGUUCAACAAAACGAGCAUGUGAAACUCUGAAAGCAGGAUCUCGAGUGCGUUCUGCUUCAACUGGCAGAGACAAGAAAUCAGAAUUACAAGCUCGUUAUUGGGCUUUUCUAUUUGGAAAUCUCCAGCGUGCUGUUGAUGAAAUAUAUCAAACUUGUGAAACUGAUGAAAAUGUUUCUGAAUGCAAGGAAGUAAUUCUGGUACUUGAAAAUUAUACUCGUGAUUUUCACAAUUUGAUAGAAUGGUUCAAACUCAAAUGGGAGUAUGAAAACACCCCACCACCACAAAGACCAACAUCUCUUGCUUGGGAGGUGCGCAAAUCAUCUCCUGGAAAGCCUUCCGCUCCACUCCGGUCUGCAUGCAUGUCAGCGAUGUUUGAAUCUCUCUCUGUGCCCGCGUCGGUGGCGGCGACGGCGUCGUCGUCGGCCGGGCGCGCUCUGGCCCACCCGGCGCCCAACCCGCGCCUGGUGCGCAGCCGCACCUCCACCGACGUGCGGCCUGCGGGCGGCCGGGGUCUGCUGCUGCGCCGCACUCCGGGCGCCGACGCCGCGGCCGCCGCCCGCGCGCAGCGCUCCUCGCUCGCCAUGCGCCAGGUGCGCACGCCCGGCUCGGCCCGCGCCUCGGCGCCCGCCGCCGCACCCAGCCUGGCCCGGCGCGCGCCGCCCUCGUCGGCGCCCGCGGGCGUGGGCUUGGGCUUGGGCGUGGGCGGGGCCGGGCAGGGGCCUGGUUCGGGCCCGGGGUCGGGGCCGGCGUCGGCCACCGCCUCGACCGACGGCCUGGCGGCGCUGAUGGGCAGCGCGGGGGCGGGGCUGGAGCGGCGCCAGGGCUCGGCGUCGUCGCUGCACAGCUGCGCCUCCACGCGCAGUUGGGCCGAGAAGGUGCGCGGAGACGCCGGCGGGGACGCGGCCGCCCACGCCGCCGCCGCCGUCGCCGCCCGCCCCACCGCCGUCUCCGUCGAGGUGCUGCCGCGCGCCUGCGCCGGCCUCGACGACGACGACUCGCAGGGCUGGGAGACGGUGAAGGGGCGGUCCCGGUCGCGCAUGUCGCCGGCGGCCGCGUCCGCGGCGACCAGCGCGCGUCUGGCGGCGGCGGCCGGCACC